AUGAGCCGACCGCGCCGACAAGCUCAAGCACCUUCGCGGGAGAUUGUAGACGCGGUGGCCUCUCGCGAGGCUUCGCUACGGCGCUUGCAGCGCCUGGCUGGUGAUUUUGCAGAGGGCCGUUUGGAAGCCAGCGAGGCACAGAGGGAGCUGGUGGACUCUCUGCUCCACUGUCGAGCUUUGUCUUUGGAUGUCGUGGAAGCCUUCGAGAAGUGGCGACUUGCAGGGAGCCGGGGAGGCGACAAUCUAGGCUAG